CACAAUGGUGACGUUUACCCUAUCGUGAUGGCGGUAGCCAGGACUAUUUUGAAUUUCAUCCCGCUUUUCUAAGUUUACCUUUCAUCUAGUCUUUAAAAUGUUUUGUCUUACACAAUAUAAGUGAACCUAUAUCAUGGAUUCCAUCGUGGGGGCAGACUUGACGCUCCCCGUAGACAUCAACGGAAGCUGCAGACUGCCGGACUCCAUAGAUGUUGGAGAAUAUUCCACAGACAGCAUGACAGCUCUAUCCUUCCCUGACAAGAUGUCCCCAACCAAAGCUCUCACCAUGAAGGACUAUGAGAAUCAAAUCACCGCUCUGAAGAAAGAGAACUUUAACCUGAAGCUGCGCAUCUACUUCAUGGAGGAGCGCAUGCAGCAGAAAUGUGACGACUCCACUGAGGACAUUUUCAAAACGAACAUUGAGCUAAAAGUGGAGUUGGAAUCUAUGAAGAGAGACCUGGCAGAGAAACAGGAGUUACUCGUGUCUGCAUCGUAG